GCAGCUCCAGGGCUGCUGGGACCGGGCCGGGGGGGCCCUGGGGGUCUGCAGCCGGGCACCGGGGUCCUUCUGCGCAUGGAGCAGCUCACCCUGGGCUGGGUGCUGCUGGCCAGCACCCUGUUUGGCACCACAGCCACUGGCAGCAGGCGAGAUGCCCGUGCUAUCUCAGAGAAGGUGAUGGACAUGGCCCGGUACUCCUUUGAUGACCAGUACCAGGACUGCAGCCGCAUGAUGGAGGAGAAGCUGAAAACAGUGAACCGCACUGAGUUCAAAAACAAGGUGUAUAAAGACACCUGGAAAAAUGCAUCCGAGCACUGGCAGAAGCAGUGGGGCAACUCCAACCGCCCGCAGGUGCUGCCGCAGGAGCAGGCGGUGGCCGUGCUGGCGUACACUCACAGGGGAGACCUGUCCAACCAGCUCAACACAGCUAUGCAUAAGGGUGGGCGCUCCCCUGAGCACUAUCUGGAAUCCUUCCCCUUCAAGACGCUGCAUUUCCUCCUGACCGAGGCCCUGCACACCCUGAGGGAUGACCAGGGCCGCAGAUGCUACAACGUCUCCCGUGGUGUCAAUGGCACCCGCUUUACAGCCCAUCUCAAGGAGACCGUCCGCUUCGGCCACUUCGCCUCUGCCUCCUUGAAUGAGAGUAUUGCCAAGGGUUUUGGCACUGACACCUUCUUCGUUGUGAACACCUGCUACGGUGUCUCCAUCGGGAACUUUUCCUUCUCCCCAGAACAGGAGGAAGUCCUCAUCCCACCCUAUGAGGUCUUCAGGGUCACCAACUACACCUGUGACAGAGACGGAACCGUCAUCCAUCUCCACUCCCAGACUGCGCUCAGCACCUACAACUGCGAGUUUUUGAAGGGUACGGGCAGGCAGCAGGCCACUUGCAGCAGGCGAGAUGUCUGUGCUAUCACAGAGAAGGUGAUGGACAUGGCCCAGGACUCCUUUGAUGACCAGUACCUGAACUGCAGCCGCAUGAUGGAGGAGAAGCUGAAAACCGUGAACCGCAAUGAGUUCCAAAACAAGGUGUAUGCAGACACCUGGAGAGAAGCAGCCAAGCACUGGCAGAAGCAGUGGGGCAACUCCAACCGCCCGCAGGUGCUGCCGCAGGAGCAGGCGGUGGCCGUGCUGGCGUACACUGACGGGGGACAUCUGUACAAGCAGUUCAACACACUUGUGCGUGAGGGUGGGUGCUCCCGUGAGCACUACCUGCAACACUUCCCCUUCAAGACGCUGCAUUUCCUCCUGACCGAGGCUGUGCACACCCUGCAGAAGACCCAGAGGCCCAAAUGCAACAGAGUCUACCGCGGCAUCAAGGGCAUCCGCUUUAUGGCACAGCUCAACCAGACCGUCCGCUUUGGCCAGUUCGCCUCUGCCUCCUUCAAUAAGAAUAUUGCCCAGGAUUUUGGCACUGACACCUUCUUCGUUGUGAACACCUGCUACGGUGUCUCCAUCAGGAGCUUCUCCUUCUACCCAGAACAGGAGGAAGUCCUCAUCCCACCCUAUGAGGUCUUCAAGGUCACCAAAGUCAUCUGUUACACAGACGGAACACACAUCCAUCUCGACUCCCAUUCCAGGCACAGCAACUACAACUGUGCGCUGCUGAAGGAGAAAAGGUGCAAGGCCCAGCCGUGUGUUUUCAGCGCAGGCACGAGCAGUCCCAGGGAACCCCCACACCUCUGGAGUCUCCUCUUGGCAGCCGCAGCCCUGGCAGCCGUGGGACGCCUCUAACCCAGCUAUGCUGCUGCUGCACCUCCGCAAGGAAAACGGGGCAGAAACGUGAGAACACAUUUAAUGGACACUGUGGGAUUACGCUUUCCUCUGCCGGAUGCUUUCUGCUCCAGCAGGAGCGGUGCCACCAGCCCCAGGAUGCUCCGGUGGCCCUAGAACACCAGCAGAGGCUGGAGGAAGCCUUUUCCUGGCUUUUGCAGAGAAAUAAAAGCACUGCUGGAGGAUG